AUUACACUGAAUCAAGAACACAAGUAUAUGUUAAGUUUUGCUCCAGAUUAUGACCAUCUGCCUCUCAUAGCAAAAGUAGAAGUGUUUGAUUAUGCUCUGCAAAAUACAGAGGGGAAUGACCUCGCAAGGGUUCUUUGGUUGAAAAGUCGCACUUCUGAAGUAUGGCUUGAGAGGAGAACGAACUAUACUAGAAGUUUAGCUGUCAUGAGCAUGGUUGGUUACCUUCUUGGCUUAGGUGAUCGUCACCCAAGUAAUCUUAUGCUACACAGAUCUAGUGGGAAGAUAUUGCACAUUGAUUUUGGGGACUGCUUUGAAGCUUCCAUGAACCGUGAAAAGUUCCCUGAGAAGGUUCCCUUCCGGUUGACUAGAAUGCUUGAGAAAGCGAUGGAGGUCAGUGGUAUUGAGGGAAACUUCCGUUCAACUUGUGAAAAUGUGAUGCACGUGUUGCGAACAAAUAAAGAUAGUGUCAUGGCCAUGAUGGAGGUAUAGGU